GUAGAAACCAGCAGAAAGUAAACGGUGUGUGCAAGUGAUUUCCCAUGGAAAUGGUUUCUUUGGGGCCCAAAAAGGAUGGAAAUCCUAAUGCCGAGUUCUUCACCGCGCCGGAAACACUGCAGGGCUUCGAGACGGUGCGCCUCUGGCUGCAGAAAAACUUCAAGAAGUUCCUUGCACAAGAUCCACCGACCAAGGAAUCUUUAGCACAUCUGAUCAUUCAAUUCAUCCAAUACCAGGAGGCAAAACUGGGCAAAAAUUCUCAGGAUCCGCCGACGACGCGAUUACCGAUACGAUGCUUCAUGGAUUUCAAGCCGGGCGGUGCCCUGUGCCAUAUCCUCUCGACGAUGUACCGGUACAAGGCGGAACAGCGCUGGCGAAAGUUCGACUUUACCGUCAACAAAAAUCCGAUGCGCAAGGACCCGAUCGGACAAAUGGUGCUCGACAUCGAAACGGCGCUGAUCGAGGCGGAAUGUAUGCGCCUACCGAUCGUUUACAUUCGCCCGGAGGUGGACCGCGCGACGGCGAAUAAAAUCACCGACAUCGUUACCAACCAUCAGGGUGAGAUAACGGUCGACGAGGAGGAAGCGACACACGUCAUCUACCCCGUCAUUGAUCCGCUGCCGGAGGAUUACGCGCGACCCACGUUCCGCCGCGAGAAGCAUGUCAUGAUCCACUGGUACUACUUCCCGGAGUCGUACGACACCUGGGUACCGAACACGUUCGAUCUGCCCGACAACAUUCCGGAUAAUCCGCCGUCACCGGCCGAACGCUGGCGUGUGUCGGCCUCGUGGGUGAUCGAUCUCGACGAAUACAACGAGUGGAUGUCGGAGGAAGACUACGAGGUGGACGAGAGUGGUCGAAAGAAAGUGCACCCGCAUCGGCUCGGUGUGGAGGAUCUGAUGUCGUCGGGCCCCGCUAGUGGAACGGCCGGCAGUGUGGAGGAUAAGGUGAAGAAGACACCCAAAGUGGUCAACUCGAAGCGCAAACGGUCGCCUUCGCCCGCCGCCGGUAAGGGUGGCAAGCGGAAGAGUUAUCGGUCGCCGGCCGCCUCGGCUGCGUCGACUUCCGCCUUCCAGAAGAAGCCCCGUGCCGAUGACGAAGAAUCGGAGGACCUCACGAAGGACAUGGAUGAUCCGACACCGGAAACGAAUAUCACCGAGGUCAAGCCGAGCUCGACCAACUCGGGCACUUCCGGACCAGCGACACCGCAACCGAAACGUCCCGAUCCGGACAUGAUGCCGAUGAAGUACGCCAGCGUUACCGACUUGGAUGACGAGUUCGAGCGUGGGGUGAAUGCAUCGGGUACGGGUGGCGGCGGUGGCCCGGGCGGUGGUUCCGGUGCCGGGGGUGACGACAGUCAGGCGGGAAAAACGAGCGACAAUAGUAACACGCAAGAUUUCCCCUCACGCGAUGGCAAAGGGGACGACCUGGAGGACAACGUGACGGAGCAGACGCACCACAUCAUCGUACCGUCGUAUUCGGCCUGGUUCGACUACAACUCGAUACACGUGGUGGAGAAGCGCGCUCUGCCCGAGUUCUUCAACGGCAAGAACAAAUCGAAAACGCCGGAAAUCUUCAUGGCCUAUCGGAACUUCAUGAUCGACACGUACCGGCUCAAUCCGACCGAGUAUCUUACCAGCACGGCCUGCCGCCGCAAUUUGGCCGGUGACGUGUGCGCCAUCAUGCGCGUCCACGCGUUCCUCGAGCAGUGGGGUCUGAUCAACUACCAGAUCGAUGCCGAUUCGCGUCCCACACCGAUGGGACCGCCUCCAACUUCUCACUUCCACGUGCUCAGCGACACACCGUCCGGACUGCAGCCGAUCAACCCUCCCAAGACGGCUCAACCAUCAGCGGCCAAGAACCUGCUCGAUCUUGACAAGGGCAAGGGUGCGCUGCUCGGUGACAAGAAGGACGAUGGGCUGACGGCGGGACCGGGUGCGGUGGGUGCCAACGGAGCUCCGGGAGUAACUGCGGCCACCGUCGGACCGGAUGGCAUAAAGGUCGAGCCGGGCAGUCUCUCCCUGGCGCCGACGGCCGACCCGAACGGACAGUUUGGCCUGCGUCUCGAUCAGUACACGAGGAAGCCAGCCGCCAUGCGCAACAAGACCGCGGCCAGCAUGACACGAGAGUGGACGGAGCAGGAAACCCUACUGCUGCUCGAGGGCCUCGAGAUGUACAAGGACGACUGGAACAAGGUGUGCGAGCACGUCGGAUCGCGCACGCAGGACGAAUGCAUUCUGCACUUCCUCCGACUACCCAUCGAGGAUCCGUACCUGGAGGACGACAACACCUUCCUGGGCCCACUGUCCUACCAGCCGAUUCCGUUCAGCAAGGCCGGCAACCCGAUCAUGUCGACGGUCGCAUUCUUGGCCUCGGUAGUCGAUCCCCGUAUUGCGGCCAGCGCCGCGAAAGCCGCCAUGGAAGAGUUUGCUGCAAUUAAGGAUGAAGUUCCAGCGACGAUGAUGGACGCACACCUGAAAAAUGUGGAAAAGUCCAGCUUCGGAGGAAAGUUUGAUCCAUACGCCGGAUUAGCCACGAGCGGUAUUGCCGGUACCGGCCCUGACAAAGAUAAGGAGACGGAAGAGACGGACAAAUCUACCACACCCGCCGUCGGGAACGCAUCAGCACCGGCCAGUGGUGGAACAACGCCAGCUACUCCGGCGGCGGCCAGCACCACAGCCAGCACCGAUGUCGAGAUGAAGGAUGUGUCGAAGAAAGAGGAUGGUGAAAAAGAAAAAGCUUCCGAAGACAGCACUAAGGCAACUGAUUCUGAUGCAACAGCCGCUCCAGACAAGGCAGCACCAUCGACCGAGGCGUCGGCCCCUGCCACUCCGGGCACUCCAGGCGGCUCGUCGGAAGCGCCGAAGGAAAAGGACGGUGGCAAGGAUGGCAAGGAUGGGACCACAAGCUCGGCUGCUGCCGGUGGUGCAACUGCGGCCAGCACGACGCAACCGGAGGGAACGGUCGCGACGGUGGCCACCGGCAAGGAGUCCGCAAACGGCGGGACCGAUCCGAAGCUGUUCAACGAGGGCAACCUGCAGGCGGCUGCUGCUGCCGCGUUGGCCGCCGCCGCCGUGAAGGCGAAGCAUCUGGCCGCGGUCGAGGAGCGCAAGAUCAAGAGCCUGGUGGCGCUGCUGGUGGAGACGCAGAUGAAGAAGCUCGAGAUAAAGCUGCGCCACUUCGAGGAGCUCGAGACGACGAUGGAGCGCGAGCGCGAGGGACUGGAGUACCAGCGCCAGCAGCUCAUCCAGGAGCGCCAGCAGUUCCACCUUGAGCAGCUGAAGGCGGCCGAGUUCCGGGCUCGCCAGCAGGCGCACCAGCGCUUCCAGCUGGAGCAGGGUCAGUGGCAGCAACAGCAAGCCCAAGCUCAAGCGCAAGCUCAGCAACAACAACAGCAGCAGCAGCAACAACAGCAACAGCAACAGCAGCAACAGCAUACCGGCGGUCCCAUGGCAGCCGGGGCAACCGCCGGAGUUCCCACACCGGCGGGUCCCCCUUCGAACAUCCACCAGCACCAACAGGCCGGACCGGGUGUGCCAGCGGUAGCAGCAGCAUUAGCCCCGGCGGGAGGAAACCCUAGCAACAACCCGGGCGGAACUAAUAUUCACAAGCAGCCACCGACGCCGUCUACCGCUGGUGGCCCGGGAGUUCCUGGAGUUCCGGCGGCGGCAGCAGCAGCAGCAGCACCAGCAGUGGCCCCUCAGGCCACGGUAGCCGGUUCCUCACCAUCGGUCAACCCGCCAGCGCCGACGCCCAACGGUAUCCCUCCUUCUACCCCUUCCUCCAGCAGCAUGCCCCCAACAGUUUCUACGAAUCCUUCCGAAGGCACUAUGGGGCCAAAUAAUAUUAUGCCGGCGGUUCCUCCGUCGGCGACCGGCAGCGUGCCGCCACUCCCGACCGAUCCCUCCCACCCACCACCGCCACCUUCGGCGGCGAUGGCGACUGGUUCCGGCUCGUCGCAGCAGGUUUCACCGCAAGCCUCGUCACAGCAGGACGCGACGGAAGCGCCGCAGGCUUCUUCCCCAGCGGCAGCCGCCACCGCGACCACCGCCCCUCCUCCCACAGCAACGGACAGCCGGUCAACGUCGGGCAACCCUUCCCCUUCCGGGUCCCCCGAGGCGGCGGUGGCCCUUCCCACCGCGGAAGGAGCAACCGGGGUGGUUCCUCCGGGCGCAGCCUCCGAAGGUUCGGACCAUCACACACCCAGUGAGCCGCCGGCGACCGCUCCACAGGCAGGCCCCGCCGGACCUCCACCGUCAUAACUCCGCCAGAAAAGCCUCCACCGGAAGCAGCAGCCACCGUUGAAGCUCAACCGAAGCAGCAACGUCGUCGUACGCGGCCGGGGACGGGGGCGUGGCUCCUUCGCCCGCUUUCACCGACGUCCCCGGGACACCGGGUGCGAUGGUGGUACUGGUGAGGAAGGCUAGAAGCAAACCGAAUCGGUUGCGACCCUGGCGGAUGGGUCAAUGGAGAGGCGAUGGUCGAUAGCAACUACUCCUUAAAGGCCGCCGUUUGGGAGGGAGCCGCCGGUUAAUAUUGUAUUAGAAGUAUGUCAUACCCGAUGGAUCGCAACGACAUCAAAUCGCUCACCAUGAGGAACAAAUACGGAACCGCCGUACGUUUUAAUCUGUAGUCUAACCGUAAUCGUGUAUCGUGUCCGAUGGCAAAUGGCGCACAACAUAGGGAACGGGAAAGGAAAUAUCUUCUUUUUUUUCUAAACUACAUACAAUCGUGUGCUUAUGCACCUUACAGAAUCUUCUAAUUGUAAUUCCCCCGCCCCACCACUGAUAUGUCUCUAUCUGUUUAUGUACUGUAAUCGCAAUGGCGCUACUCUUAACGUCAAAUUCAUUACUGUUUGCCUUCUUGUCCCCCAUUGUCUUAUGCCUAGCAUUUUUCCAUUUCUUUUAUGGCCACCGUUUUGGCAUUCGCUCACCUCCCCCUGAGUACAAUGCUGCUGCUAAUCUGGGUGUUGGCACCUGGCAAGCCGCGGACCCCUUUUUUCCACGUGACGAUUGAGCAGAGAAAAACUCAUUUUCAAGCAAAACCCGCCAUCGUAGCGCAAACGGUGGCAUAGGAUGGGACCGCACCUUCGCCGAUGCCGCGGGGUGGGGAUUUAUUUCUAGACAUUUACCUAACCAUACUUUAGGAGAGAUAAGCGAUUUACGUAUAAGUAACAAAUAAAACAAAUGCUAAUGUCCUACAA